GUGGCCAUCAUGUUCCUCGCCAAGUCCCUGUUUCUCUCAUGCUUAGUGUUGGGAGUCCAGCUACACCUGCACCAACCUCAGCGGUUCCUGGUUGUGGAAGUCGGUGGGACAGCAGAGAUCCACUGCUCCUCCAGCAAGGAUGUGGAUGGGGGAGCAAAAUUGCACUGGUAUCUGAGAAGGGCGGGUGAGGCCCCCAUGCACAGGAAGGACUGUGCGGAUGAUACAAAAGGGCCCAAAUUUGCUUGCAAACAUCAGAAAUACGGCACAACCCUGGAAAUCUGGGACAUGCAAAGGAAGGAGUCUGGCAUUUAUUACUGUGCACAUGCAACCACCAGCUCCUUGACUUUUGGGAAGGGAACCACGGUGAUCGUUGGAGACAGCUUCACCAAAGACAGCUCCGUGCUGCUCCUGGGCCCUGUUGCAGGGGAGAACGGAGCCACAGAUCCUGCACAUCUGGCCUGUGUGAUCCGGGGUGUCUCCAACCUGGUCCAGGUGUCCUGGGGGGCUCCCGGAGAGGAGCCAACCCAGGGGCUGCCGCACUCACUGGAAGCCAGUGCUGGGUCCUUAACACUCAUCCAUCACAUCAGCAUCCCCUGGGCCAGCUGGGCCAGCGGGACGACCGUCACCUGUGAGGUCACGUUCAACUCAUCUGGCAGCAGCGUCACCAGACAUGCCGUCUAUUCUGCACCCCCUCGCAGCGGGUGCAGGCAGGAGGCCAUGCACUACAUGGUGGUGGGUCUCCUGGUGCUGCUGAUGGUAUCUCUGACCUCCCUCUGGAUGUGCGUCUGCUCUAGUCCGGCGUUCGCUGCUUCUUGCUGCCCGGGGAUGAUCUGCGCCAGACCAGCUCCACAGUGCGACUGCAAGGGUGAACUCUGCCCCCGCUCUAGGGAUCCAGAGCAGGAGAUCUUGAACUCGGGGGCCAGGAGGUCAGAGGUUUCUUACCAUGAGACACAGGCAGUGCGGCUGGGGUGA